AUGAGCCUCGUCGAGCGCGGUGGAGCUGCAGCAGGCGAUACCUCGCACAACCCCGCAACCGGCACCUUCGACUCUGUCCCGCCGAGCUCGACCUACCACGGUCCCAAAGUCGCCGGCACCUACGGCGGCUUUGUCGGCGUCUUUGUCGCGUCCCUCUUUGUCGCGCUCGCCGUCGUCGCCGCCCUCAUCUUCCUCCGCCUGCGCACCCUCCGCCGCCGCGCCCUGCGCCAAGACGCCGUCUACUCGGACGCGAGGGGCGCCGUCCCAGGGCGCGACGCCCACCACCACCACGACGACGACGAGUGGAACGCGACCGAGGACGCGUUCGAGAUGCCGCAGCGGUACGACCCCAUGCUCGGCUCGGCCGUGAGCCUCGUCGACGACGACGGCGCCUUGCCGCCGACGUACGGCGCUCACGGCGGCGGUGGAGGGAGCAUCUCGCAGCCGAGGCUGUACGCGGGAGGAGGCGCGGGAACGGACGACGGCAUGGGCGCGGCGGCGGGUCCCGGCAACGCGUCGCAGGACACGCUGUACGGUGGCGGCGACGACUCGCAGCAGCGGUACCGCGACCCGUACGGCGACGACGACGGGUUCCGCAAGCACUGAGAGCGAGCUGGGCGAGGGGCGAGCGCAGCCGAGCGGGCGGGGCGGGGCGGGCAAAGGAGCGAGAGCAUGGGCGCUGUGUAUUUUCGAACGAACGAAUGACCCGCAGAGUGACAUUGCAAAGAUCAAGCUGUGACAAAGCCCUUUGUCCCGCCUCGCUCGUGCCCGUGUCCGUCCCGCGCGCGCGAGAGAGAGAGAGAGACUCGCCGCGCCCCCUCCUCACGCCCUCGCGAGCGCCGGCGACGACGGCAAGCUCGCGAGCACCCUCUGUCCGCCCUCAACCAUGGCCGGCCUGUCCACCUCCCCAACCCCCGCACCCGCGCCGCCGCCG